ACAGACAUACACAAGUAGAUAACAGAAUGGAAACUGCUGCUGACGUAAAGGAAACAGUUACUCUAGGGACAUAGGAAACCUAAUUUGAGCCUCUAUUAACCACAGGGCGACAACUUUUGCACUACAGUGAAAGAUUUACAGACGAAGUGUGCAGGCAUGGAUGUCAUCUUCAAGGAAGGAAUGCUGUACCUUCAGGGAGUCAAGUUUGGAAAGAGAACAUGGCGGAAAAUUUGGAUGGUGCUCUUUAAACCCAGUUCCACAGGGGUUGGCCGGCUGGAGCUCUACACUGUACUUGACAACAAUGCCACUUCCGACCAGAAGAAGGCCAUCCGGGUGAAAACACCAGAGAGAAAAGUGGUGCGUCUAAGCGACUGCCUCAGCGUCACCCCUGCUCCGAAGCAGUCUUGCCCGCAAGGGUGCAUGGCCUUCUACUUAAAAACCACACAGUGCACCUACACCUUAGCCUCUACAACAAGCCAGGACUGGCUAAGUGCCCUCUGUCUCCUAGCCUUCCAGAAGGAUCCUGGAGGAUCAGACAAAGGGGAUCUGGAGAGCGGAAAUGGCUUGACCAUGGAGGACAAUGACCUUUACUCAUCUUGGAAAACUGGUAAAGAUCUGACCCUUCCUCCAAACCAGUACCAGGUGACUGUCCAGAGCACAGAAGCAUCCAGGAGGUGCAAGCUGGCUGGGGAGUAUCUGGUCUCCCCAGAAAAAGAAGCUGUGAUACUAUUGGCCUGUAAUACUGGUUACAUCAUCUAUUGCUGGCCAUACAGACUUUUGCGCAAAUUUGGACAGGUUGAGGGGGGGUUCAGCAUUGAAGCAGGCCGCCGCUGUCAGUCAGGAGAGGGACUGUUCAUCUUCCUGUCCACGUAUGGUCCCCAGAUCUUCCAGGCUAUAUUAGAGCAGUGCUCUGUGGAGAGGAGCUCCUCUGUCCAGCCGCUCAGCAUCAACAGGAGGUCAUUAUAUGACCAGUCUCCCGUUAUCCCCCCAACGACAACCAACCAACCGGCUGGUCCUCCUGUCUACCAUGCUGCAGAUGUUUCUGCUGACACAGAGGACGAGUCGGCCGACCACUACUCUACUAUUGAUGACACCUCAGUACUAAAUUUAAAACAGCAAUCUGUUGUCAAACCAUACCUCUCUAACAGCAAGGAGGCCGUGGGAGAGGAAGGUGAGGAUGAGGAUGAGGAUGAGGCUGAGUAUGAGUAUGAGUACGAGGAUGAGGAUGAGCAGUGUCACUCCCUGGAGGCUCUAAAUCUGGAUGGUGACAUGGAUGACAACCUUUAUUACAACUUGAAGAGAUCCACUCUUCCUCUGAUCAGAGGAGAUCAGCUCAAUCCUGAGACAGACGAUUCAAAGUGCAUCUAUUCCGAUGUGAAAAUAGCCGAUUCUCCCCCGAACCCCCAGCUGCAGCCUUUCUCCGCACCCCUCCCUCAACCUGUGUCCCAGUCUCCUUCCUCGACCUUUCCCCAGUCUGAUGUAUACGCCCUACCGAAGCACAGCUACCAGCGUCAGCUCCCUGUGAAUAACUUCACUCAGCCAAGGCUGAAUACUCAGGCGCAGGCAGUGGAUGACAUGAAGGAGAUGGAGGAGGCCACCAGCUCCUCUAACCGUGUCACCCCCACAGAGCCCCCUGGCAGUUUUAAACACAGGCUGGCAGAAAUCCUUUCUAAGGACUUGGCAAAGUUCCAGCCACCUCUUCCCUCUGGAGCAGGCCUUCCCCCAUUUCCUCAGUAGGCUAUUAGUAAACAGACAGACUAGAGGGAGCAAUUUGAGCCGCGAUAGACUGUCAUAACCACAUAAAUGGUUUCUUUAUUUCUUUAAAAUCCCCUCCACUGGGGACAUUAGGCGUCAAAUUUUGGCCUGCAGAUGUUCAUAUGUUUAUCUAUGUAGUCUGUUACUUUAUUCUGUGGAUUUUUAUUGGAAAAAGAGGAUUCAAUAAGUGUUGUUCUUCACUGCUGGAAUGUUAGAAAAGCUGUGCUGCAGAAUAUUCAAUGUGACAUCGCCAUUGGUGGAUAAGCUGAAAGAACAAUUAAUCAUUGGACUAUUAAAUUAUGGGAAAAAAAAUUUUGAAAAAAAAAAAACAUGUUUCCUUGUGACAAUCAGUGUGUUACACAACAUUUUUGGGACAUGUUUACACUAGAUUUUUUUUUCUUUUCUUCUAUUUUCUUUGUCUUAUAGAGAACGAAGAUGGAUGUCAUAUCUAAAUCAAGAGUUUUGCAGCAAUAAGGAAAGACCAAGAACCCAGGUUGUGUUUUGGUGUGAAUAUGCUUCAGUCUGCCUCACAUAGUAGAAAUAUUGCAGUGCAAUUUAAUCGGUAUACUGAAAUAUAGAAAAACAACUUAGUAUGCACACUCAUUUCUUAACUAUAUAUUUAUUGUAGCAAAACAAUCCUCAUAAAAUCCCCCAUGGCUAAACAUAAAUAUGAAAAUAAUUGUUUAUAAUUCAGACAAAUGUCAUUAAUCAAACUGGAAAUGUCAUUAGUGAUGUUCGGGGCAUAUAAAGUGCAUAAAAAGGCCUGUAGGAGUUCAGCAUGGCCUUAGGAAGUAAAAAAAUGAAGGUCUUGGUAGCUUCUCUGUUUUGAGUUUUUCCUAUACCUUUUUUUUUUUCAUUUGGCAGUGCAACAUCUAAGCUAUUAAUCAUCGCAGGAGAAUAAAUGUAGGACUAUCACAUGAUCAACACCUCUACAAGCUGUAAUUUUUUGGUUCGCCCAGUACUUCCUCUACCAGACCCUGCGGUGUAAACAGUCAGAAGUCAGUGGUAAAUGUCCUGUUACUGUCUCCCGCUCUGACUUUCCUCCAUGUCACUGAAGUGCGAAGAUUCCCCAUCACUGCUGUGGGUGGAGGCUGUGGACUUAUUUGACCCCAGGUCAGACGUAGGUCCGAGUAUGAUAAGGCGGCCCACCGAGACACUGGGGUCCCGCUGCUCUCCGGUCAGCUGGUCCGGCGCAGUGGCCUCGGGCCGUAGAGUGUGAAUUAGACUCCUCCUCGAGGUCUUGUCCGCUGCGCCUGGACGGGGACCCAUGCACUCCGACUGAACCACGCCGGCCAGGAGCUCCGACAGCUCGGUGAUGUAGAUCUGCGCCAUUUGGAGGGUGUCAUAUUUGGAUAAUUUCUUCUCAUUUUCCAGAGAGGGGAUGACGCUCCUCAGCUCGUCAAAGGCUUUGUUCAGGCCGUGCAUCCUUCUCCUCUCCCUGGCAUUGGCUGCGACGCGCCUGUGUCUCUGGGGGCCAAGGUGGCUCGCCUUGCCUCCCUCAGCUGCCCUCUCACAGUCCGUCUCCGCGAUGCCCGCAGCGGACACGCAGUCAGGCAGUUUGCCCGUCGGCACGAGUUUCUCCAGUGAGAUGCUCGCGUCUGGAGCUCCGUGCGCGUCCUUCCUCGAGAACGAAGAAAUCCAACCUUUGGAGUUGAUGUGGGCCAGGCUGCGCUGUUGCAGCAGGCUGAAAUCCUCUGGGUACCCUGGCCAGCUUGAAAGAUCUGCUUUUGCAGUCAUUCCUGGAAUCGCCCGUGAUCCUGCAAGACAGGGAAAGGUCACAUGGAAGACUCCGGCUGACGCCCUCGUCUCUGGAAUGGGUUGCACUGCGCGGGCCAUUUAUACAGCCUCCCCUCAGUCACCUGGGUGUCACUCCCAGCCCUGCGACAGCUCUGGCAGCCCUGCAGCCUCAGGAGGCAGCAGCCAAUCGCACAAUCCCCUCUGACCCCGUCAAAGGACAAUUAGACAAAGCUCGACUUUUUUUUUUUUUUUUUCUCCUAUUGUGCAUUGUAACUCAAUCACGACCUUGUUAUUGUCCUCACACAGAGGGGAACCGAGGGUAUUAAUCAUUUAAGAGCACGGCUCGUUUCUAAAGCAAAAAAGGUGAUCAAAUGAACUGGUUCAGUAAAGUCUGAGCUGCAGGGCAGUUGGCUUCAGCGUUAGUUUCCCAGAAAUAAACGGGGUAUCAAGUGCACAUGCCAAAAACGGAUAGAUAUUAGGAAAUUACACAACUUUUGAGCUU